GCCUACAAUACAAAAAACUGCUGAAAUGGAAAAGGACGACAGUAUUCCGAAAAUUUCUAUGAGGGUUCUAUAAAGAACGAUCCAUGAUUUGAACUUUAGGUAUUUGAAGCGGACGAGGAAGUCAUGUCUGAUUGAAAAAGAAGAAAUUGUGAUGUGGCGACGUAAGUACUUAGCGGAAAUGCGGAAGUACAGAUACGAAAAUAGGAAGAUAUAUUAUCUCGAUGAAACGUGGGUGAAUGGGGAUACACUACGCCAAAGGUAUGGCAAGAUAUGAAUAUUACCAGUCGUCAACAGGCCUUCAAGCACCUACAGGUAAAGGGCGGAGGCUUAUUGUAACACAUACUGGCAGCGAUGAAGGGCUUCUGGACAAAGGAUUACUGACAUUUAAGUCCAAAGAAACUAGAUUUGAAGCAUGGUUCAAAAGCAUUUUGAGGGAUAUCCCUUCUGGUUCAGUCGUGGUAAUGGAUAAAGGUUGAUUCUCACUAUACAUUCCGUUUCCAUUCCGUAACCGUUCCGUAAAUUAUUGAAACUAAAUAUUCGCAUAAAGCAGGCUAUUGCAUGUGUAUCCACAUUAUCCGUAAGGUAUACUGUGUAUACAAUCAAAUUGUACUGAACGUUUACGAAAGUGAUAUGGAAUGGAACCGGAAUGUAUAGUGAGAAUCAACCUUAAUGCUCCAUAUCACAGUCGCCGACUAGAAAAGUUCCCUACUAGUUCAUGGCGAAAAAGUGAGAUAAUAAAUUCGCUCAAGACAAAAAACAUUACAUACCAGGAACAAAUGCUUAGAAUUGAACUCCUUAAUAUCGCUAGGCAAAAGAAACCGACGUCAAUACGAGUAUUGUAUGCUAUAGAUGAAAUGGCUCUCCAGCAUGCCAUUAUUGUUCAUCGCUUACCACCCUAUCAUUGUGAACUAAAUCCAAUUGAGUUGAUAUGGGCGCAACUCAAAGGCGAAAUAGCAAGGAACACGAACCUUCAAGUUACCGGAUGUCAAGUUAUUGUUACAAAAUGCUAUCAACAACGUAUCCUGCGAGAACUGGCAAAAAUGUAUUCCACACGUCAUCAAGGACGAGCAGUGAAUGUGGGAUCUGGACACUCACAUUGA